AUGAGCCGCGACCAGGCGCAGCGGGCCGCCGCGGCCUGCGGCAGUCCGCAGGGCCUGGCGGCGUCGGGAGCAGAGCAGGACCCGCAGCCGCAGCAGCAGGCGGCGCCCUCGGGCUCGUUCGCCUCCGCAGCAUCCUCGUGGUCUCCGCCCGCGUCCAGUCAACUCACAGCCGCGCGUGACGGCGCCCGCGACGCCCAGAGGCCGCCGGGGAACGAGCGAAGAAGGAGGCGCAGCAGAGAGCGGGAGAACCGCGGAGAGAGGCGAAACUCCAGUUCCACGCACGGACGCCACAGACACGGCUGCGAGAGAGACAUCCAGGGAGCGGAGGACGCGGGCCGCGGGAAAGACACGCGGAGACACCACCACCGGGAAGGGGGCGAGGGAGAAAGAAGAGAAGACAAAAGAGAGGAGGGAGGCAGGGGUCACGACAGAAGAGACGCGGAGAAGAGAAGCAGUCAUGUGGCGCAGCUGCGCUCAGGAGACAGCAAAGCAGGCCGCGCCCCCUCGCGGGUGCGAGAGACGGGCUACUGCCCAGAAGCGUACAGACGCAACGCCUCGAGGGGCGCGAGGAGAGACGGCGAGAGCCGCAGAGAGAGAAACGACUCAGAGAGAAAACAGUGGGGUCCGCGCAGAGAGGAAGCCCCGCGUGCGCCUCACUCUGGCGCACCCUGCUCUUCAGAGCGGCCGGGGACGCAGGAUGGGGCGGCGCGCGCGUGUGAGGGCUCAGACAUCAGAGGCUCCUGCGAAGCGCGGGCAUGUCACCCUGCGCGCGCCAGAGACGCCUGCCGCCCUGAGUCGUCCCUGCCCCGGGCGCGUGGAGAGGAAAGCGCGUGCCGCCGAGCGAGGGAGGAAGACCUGAGAGAGGAGGCGCAGCACAGGCGGCGGAGAGACGACGCCCACGUAGACAGCGGACGCCUCGGGCGCCACUCGCGGCGCGCGUCCGCGAGCCGAAGAGACGAGGGGCGACCGCGGAACGAGAAAGAACGCAGGCGAGAGGGAGAGCGAGAGCGCAGCGCGUCGUUGCAUGGCUGGUGGCGGCGAGAGAGCCACGGAGGACGAAGAGAAGACGAAUCGCGCAGGAGCUGGACGCUUGCAGGGCAACCGGAGAGGACUCCGGAGAACGAGGGACGCCGCACGCCGUCCUCGCACCGACACAGAUCUCGAAAAGAAGAGCGCCGAGAAGAGCACCACUCUCGACACGCGAGCUUGGAGGAGAGGCCCGACAAACAAGAGAGGAACCACGCCCCCACAGAGCUGCCGCAGACCGACGCAGCACGCGGAGUGAGAGAGAAGGGCAAACAAACACUCGAAGCAGACAGGAGGAGAAGCAGCAGGGGAGAGAGGGAUGGGCAAGAGUGUCGGCGAAAACACCGGCAUCGCGAAAAACACUCUUCCGCGUCGCCCUUCUCGGGGUCCUCCUCGCAGCGGGGCUCUCGGGAGCACACGCCGUCAUCAGCUUCUCCGCCGCUUUCCUCCUCGUUGCCUUCGCGGGAGACCUAUCCGCCUUUCGCGACCUGCGAUGCGAACCGAGAGGGCGCCGACGCACCAAGCCAAAGAAACCCGCACACGGGCACAGGCGAAUGGCGUCCAGGCAACUUCGCUGUGUCUGCUCACGCUUUCGUCGCCUCUGCGCAGGCGUCACAGCCCGCGGGAGGCAUCGACAACGCGCUCAGCCCUCCGUCUGUCUAUCCCGCCGCGUGUUUGCCAGGCUCGGCGGCGUUUUCACCAGGCAUCUUUCUCUCAUGCACCUCGACGGCGGGCGCUGCCGCGACAGAUCCAGCUGUCUAUACAGUCGGACCGUCGGCGGCGCCAGCGGUGGUGCUGACGCCUCGCGCGGCGUGUGCCGAGCUGUCGAGCCAAGAGAGAUUUAAUUUUCACAGCGCAGAACUGAGAGAGGGCGACGCGUCGGCUGGGCGGGCGGCCGCAGCUCAUUGGGAUUUGCUUCGCGCGGUGGCGCGCGGCCCGCCGCAGGACCGCGCAGACGGCGACGCGUCCGCCGCUGGGGCGACUCCCGGCGGCGUCUAUACAAGGGCCGGUCUGGCUGACGCGCUGAGCCCUGCGUGCGUCCUUCGUCCUCGCUCGAGUUCGGAUCUGCCGCACCGCAGCGGACCUGAGCCGAGUGUCUCGUCGGGUGCCCUCUGCGUGGAGCCCGAAAGGCACGCAGGCGCCUCUUUCGCUUUUGCGGCGUCUGCCCCGCCUGCGCCGGAACGCCCGUGCAAGCCCAGUUCUUUCCAGUCUUUCUUUUCUUCUGUGGCUCGAGAGGAGGCCUCGUCGUCCUCUGUGCCGGCGCCUCCGCGCCACGCGUUGCCAUCUGCUGCCUCCUUGUCUUCAGCCGGCGCGGCUCCUCCCCCUUUCUCGCUUUCCUUUGCGGCGCAGCCCCAGCCUCAGCAGAGGCAGGACCCGCAGCGCGCCGACCCGGGCGAGCCCGACUGGGCUCGCAACCAGGGUGUGUCCUCUCUCGGUCGCCAACCUGCAGCGGUGCCCGCCUCGCGCAGCCAGCUGAGGGUUUUUGGCUCGCCGACGCCUUCUCGCCCAGCUCCGCCGGCGCCGCCUCCCCCUCCGCCGCCUCCCGACGCGUCUGCGCCGUCUCGUUUUGCCGCUGUCUCCGUCCCCGGGGGGGGCGGGACACCGACGGCCAGGCGUCUGCGGCUCUCCUCUCGGGAGAGGCGACCGCGUCGCCUUCUCCGCGGGUCGGCCUAG